AUGAUCAACCGCGAAGCCCAACUGCUCGAAGACGCGGGCUAUUGGAGAUCUUGGUUCGGUUUCCGAAUCAUCCAGAAAACCCGCGAAUCAUCGGAAAUAACCUCCUUCCACCUGGCGCCACUCGACGGAAAGCCACUACCGUCGUACCUCCCUGGACAAUACAUCUCCAUACGGACACUUGUCCCAGACAUUCACUACCUACAAGCGCGGCAAUACUCCCUCGGCGAUGCGCCAUAUCACGACUACUACCGUUUUACCAUAAAGAAGGAGCAUUCCCUGGAUCUCGAUGAUCCCAAUGCAAAAGCACAUCCUGGCUACAUUUUAAACAUCCUCCACAAUGAGAGGGACGUCGGGGAUGCGGUAGAAGUCUCGCAUCCCGCCGGAAAUCUUUUCUUGGAUACUCGUCAGCAAGAUUCGUCGGAUGGACCUAUCGUCCUAAUAUCCGCAGGUGUGGGUCUGACCCCGGAUCUCUCCACAUUCAACACCCUCAUCGCAAAAGCUUCAAAGCGUAGGAUUUCCUGGGUGCACGCAAGUCGCAGUCCCUGGGUUCAAGCAUUUAGGGAUCAUGUCAAGAACAUCGUUAACACGCACGAUAAUGUGCAAAGCCACGUCUUCAUCAGAGAACACGGACAGGACGAUGUGGAAGGCGUUGACUAUCACUUUACAGGACGAAUGAGUUUGAACAAAUUAGAUACAGACCACGAUAUUUUCAUCCAUGACCCAAGGGCAGAGUAUUACAUUUGCGGUCCAGAAAACCUCAUGGCGGAUAUUGCGAGAUAUUUGGAAGGGCAAGGUGUUGAGAGCAAGCGUAUCAAGAUAGAAGUCUUCGGGACGGAAGAAAUUCCAAGGCCUGAGCAAGAGUGA